CAUGAUAACAGAGUCAACGAAUAAACGCUGUCGGCAACAACGGCAGGAAAACUGCAUAAAUUGAGGUGAAUUUUAUCGACCUGGGAGUUAUGUGAGAUUCCCACAGAGUCACUUAGCAAAAAUGUGUUGUAAUGGUUGUUAGCAUGAAGAACAAAACUCAGCAAAGGUUUUGGAAAGAGUUCAAAACCACGUCAACUUGUCUUUCGUGGCUCUCAGAGGAGUUGUUUCUGCCUGAUCCAGAAGAAAGACGACUAGUGACCUAAUAUACCAGGCUCGUUUGCAAAAUGGAAUCAGACAACUGCCUUACCGAUCAUUCAGCCUCUGCACGCUCAGGCACCCAGUCUCCUGCCACUAGCCCUGCUGAUGGAGCAUCUUCGUUUAUUGAGGGCAGUAGGCGUACCACAGCAAAUCUUCCAAGCUCAGAGGUGGAAGACCUUGACUCCUUCAACUUGAUUGAGCCUCCUCCGUUAGACUGGAAGUCUGACUCCUCAAGUGAGGUGGACUCGGCAGGUGACCUGGAUGAUCCCACCUUCCCUCCCGUUGUGGGCCGUCUGGAAGAUGAGGCGGGGCCAUGCGAUUUGGUACUGCCACUGGAGGUGAGCAGUGCAGCUGCUCCACCUGUCCUGAACCGGCCUGAGUUGGUGGAAGAGAGCACAGAGCCAGUCCAUGAUGUUGAGGGACAGGUAGAAGAAGGGCUUGUCAGAGUAACGCUUGAGGAUCAGGGAGAGAGGCUUACUAUGGAGAAGGAGGAGGAGGUGAUAGUUUCUGAGCAGAUGGACACAAGGGUCACUGAAGAGGAAGCUGCAGUUCUAAAGAGGAGGCCAGGCGAUGAGGACCACACCCAAAUCCAUGCCCUCCUCAACCAGCUCCAGCUGAUGGGAGAGGAGCCUUGCCUCAACCGCCUCACACCCCCUCAUCUGCCUGAGCUGGAACCCUCUGGGCCCUCUCUGAUCACAGACUCUGGCACUUUGCAGCCGGCCUCACCGACUGAAACCACUGGGCUGCUGUUCUCCGAAAGCCACCAGAGAGACCUGCUGGGGCUGCUGGAGUGCACAGAGAUUGGUGCUCCUCCUCACCAGGCUGCCUACCUGCCACACAGGGGGGAGGUGGAUGCUGUGGUGUCAGUUUCCUACAACCAGGAGGAUGCCCACAGGUUCUGGGGUCACUAUGGGAAUGGCCAGCAGCUUCUGGCUGGGGACGACUCCUUCGCCUCCCUGCCUGAGGAUGAAUAUCCUGAGCCAGUGUGGAUGAAGCUCGGGGAGCAGCCUCCAGAGGGGGAGGAGGAAGCAGCUGCUGAGAGCGAGCAGAGUGGUAAUGACCAACCCUCCUACAAAGAUGUGCCUGGGCCUUGUGACCCUGAAGACCUGUUAGAUGGAGUGAUAUUUGGUGCCAAGUACCUUGGCUCUACCCAAAUCAAAUCAGAGAGAAACCCUUCUACAAACGCCCGCAUGGCUCAGGCUCAGGAGGCUGUGGAUCGUAUAAAGGCUCCAGAGGGCGAAUCUCAGCCAAUGACAGAAGUAGAUCUCUUCAUCUCUACCCAGCGGAUCAAAGUGCUCAGUGCUGACACACAGGAGGCAAUGAUGGACCACUCUCUUCAGAUGAUCUCCUACAUCGCUGACAUUGGCAGCAUUGUAGUGCUGAUGGCGCGAAGGAAGCUGGCAAAUCGCAAAGGACAGGAAAGUGACAACUCUUCCUCCUCAUCCUCCUCUCCCUCGUCUGCGCCACAGAAGAAAUGCUGUAUGAUCUGCCAUGUCUUCUCCUCUGAGGAUGCCCAGAUCAUAGCCCAGGCUAUCGGCCAGGCGUUUGGUGUGGCCUACCAGCAGUUCCUCCAGACCAAUGGCAUCAAGCCCAGCCAGCUGAGGCCUGGCGAGUACAGCGAUUUCCUGGGAACCCAGGAGCUCUACAACGGUGACCUGGUUCACUUCUCUGACUCCCAGAACAUCCGAGACAUUGUCAUCAACAAGGGUCCAGCAGAGAUCUUGGGGCUGGCGGUGGUGGAGUCAGGCUGGGGCUCCAUCCUGCCCACCGUUGUGGUGGCCAACCUCCUCCAUGGCGGCCCCGCCGAGCGCUGCGGCGAGCUCAGCAUCGGCGACCGCAUCAUGUCAGUCAACGGCACCAGUCUGGUGGGCCUGCCCAUCGCCACCUGCCAGAAUAUCAUCCGGGACUUGAAAAGUCAAACAUGCGUGAAGCUCAGCAUCGUCCACUGCCCCCCUGUCACCAUGGCGAUCAUCAGGAGACCAGAUCCCAAGUUUCAGCUGGGCUUUAGCGUGGAGGACGGCAUCAUCUGCAGCCUGAUGAGAGGAGGUAUAGCGGAGAGGGGGGGCAUCCGUGUCGGACACCGCAUCAUUGAAAUCAACGGGCAGAGUGUGGUCGCCACACCGCACGAGAAGAUCAUCCAGAUCCUGACAAAUGCCAUUGGCGAGAUUCACUUGAAGACCAUGCCAGCCUCAACAUAUCGCCUCCUAACAGGACAAGAGCAGCCAGUGUUUCUCUGAGAGCUAAUGAAAGAGCACUUUCUGGUUUGAUCCAGAUGUGUAAAGGAAAAAAUAGACUGUACAGUAUUGAAGCUACUUUUGCCAACCUCAAAAAAGAUUAUGCAAUUUAUUGUAUCAUAUCCUACAUAGGCUGCUGUCAUGCCACUGAACACGACAAGCUUGUCUAGCAAUCUAUUUUUGAAGAUGUACAUUACUGUAUGUUGGAAUAUUGUGAUAACAUAUUUUAAAACGACAGGGCUAUAGAUAAAUCUCAAUUUAUAUUUAUCAGAUAUUUAACAAAGCAGGCAAUAGCUGAGAUGCAAAAAAGUGAAAGCUCUAUGUAUUUGACUCCACUAAUUCUUGCAUUUGUGGUGAGCAGCAUCCUUUGUCUCCCAGGCGGUCUGGUAUGCUUUGUGCCAAAGUGCCUGAGCCAAGAGUAGUGAGGAACGAAACCUUAAAUCAGAAGAAACGUUCUGUGGCUUUCAUCACUAUGUGCUUCCAGUCUUUCAGAUACAGUGCAUGUCAAUAAGUGUCAUAAUAAGUAGCACUGAGGAGCGGUCUCUACUGCACUGCUCGGAUUCUCCAUUGUGCAUGUUUUGCCUCCUGUUUCUGUGCCUGACAGAAAGCAGUGAUUAUGCAGAACUAAAGGUAACUGCCUUAUUUGAUAGAGAGAGAGAGAGGUAUAUUUUUAAGAAUUUGCUGUUUUGGAUGUUCAUUAAAAUGAUCCGAAAGAUG